GCAGUUGAUGAGUGCUAUAGGUAGGGAUGGCAAUGACCAAAUGUACCCUAUUUCUUGGGCCGUAGUAGAGGGGGAGAAUAACAUGUCUUGGGAGUGGUUUUUUCUUCUGCUUCAGAGGUCCCUCGAUCUAGGUGAAGGAGAGGGAAUUGCUAUCAUCUCCGACGAGCACCAGGCUAUAUUAAAUGCCGUUGCAGCAGUUCUCCCAAAGGCAGAGCAUAGACACUGUGCGAGGCACAUCUUUGCUCAUUGGCACAAGACUUGGAAAGGUGAUGAGAUGAAGCUUUUAUUCUGGAAAAUUGCCAAGGCUUACAACCUUGCUGACUACAAUGAUGCCUUGGAGGAACUCACACAGUUGAAUGUCGAUGCUGCCACUGCGUUUAAGGGCUACAAACCAGAGGUUUUCUGUAGAGCUUUUCUAGAUACAACAAUGAAGACUGAUGCCAUAACAUCCAACAUAGCUGAAACAUUCAAUGGAUACAUCAUUCAGGCAAGAACCAAACAUCUGAUCUUCAUGUUAGAAGACAUCAGAAACAACUUGAUGCAAAGAUUGGUGGUGAAAAGACAGCAAAUGGAGAAGUCGACAUCAAUCCUUUGUCCAAGAAUACAACAGAAGCUGGAAAAAGAGAAGGCAAAGGCUAGCAACUGUGACGUAAUACCGUCAACGGAUACAUUGUUCAAUGUCAAUUAUUAUCUGGAUCAAUUGGUGGUGGAUUUGGAAGCAAGGACAUGUUCAUGCAGAAAGUGGGACAUGCUUGGCAUUCCAUGUUGUCAUGCCAUUGCGUGUAUCUUUUUCCAAAACAAGGAGGCCGAGGAGUAUGUUGAUAAAUGCUACUGGAGGCAAGAAUACUUAAAUGCAUAUUCAGGUUCAAUUCCACCCAUUGAUGGAGAGAGGUAUUGGCCAAGGAUUGAAUACCACUUGGAUCCUCCUCCCAUCAAAAUAGGGCCAGGCAGACCGAGGAGAAAUAGGAUCAAGGAUCCCUUUGAGAACCCGAAAAAGCCUGGUCACCUAUCGAGGACCGGGAUAGAAAUGACUUGUAGUGUGUGUCAAGUCAAAGGGCAUAAUAAAAGACGAUGUCCUAACAGAGAGAGUGCUGUUGUUGCAGAACCAGCCCCAAAAAAACCUAGGGGUAGACCAAGGAAGGAUGGUCAGCCCCCUCACUCUCGUGCUCCGUCUGUUACUGCCCCAUCUACCAUAAGUCAAACGACUGAUUCAAGAACAAACACACCCACCUCUGCAGUUGUAUCUUCUCGAUUCACUCGAUCAACAAAUGCUCAGCUUCACUCUACUUCAUGCCAACCUAGCCAACUUGGCAGAGGCGGGAGGAUGAUCCUAGGUGGUAGGGGUUCUAGGGGUGGAAAUACUGGAAGGGGAAGGGGAAACAAUGGAGGGAGGGGUAAAGAGAAAGUACCUAUUGGUGUGGGAAUGUAUGUUGCCUCGGAUGGGACUGCAAAAACAAGUGGAGGCAGAGGGAGAGGGAGAGGGAGGGGUAAAAAUCAGGUUGCAACAUUUGUCGGAACACAGUCGAGCCAAGUUUCCAAUGCUCAUCAACCAACUCAGUAGGACAAGUGAAGAUGAAUGAACCUACUGCCAGUAACUUGACCAUUUUGUGCUGGAAAUCAGAAGCUUACAGUAGCAGUAGCAGUUAGCUAACAGUAGCAGUGGCAGUCAGCUUAGCCUAAUUAACUUUCAACUGUUUGGCCUUUUUUGUGUAGUUUAGAAUUUAGGCCUUGAACCAAGCUUACAGUAGCAGCAGCAAGCUUACAGUAGCAGCAGCAAGCUUACAGUAGCAGCAGCAAGCAACUUUAGAAGCCAACUCCAGUAGCGUCAUUUCAUGUUUUUGUGUAGUUCAGAACAAGCAAUGGCUACUUAUAAGUCAACUCUGCCUACUUAAAAGUCAACUGUGGGAUUUUUUGGGGUAGUUAAAAGUCAACGGUGGGAUUUUUUUGGGUAGUUAAAAGUCAACUGUGGUAGUAUUUUGUGUAGUUAAUUGUGGCCUUCAUGUUAGCAGAUUUUGCAAACAACCAAGUCAUAUGCCAUCUUUUGUGUAGUUCAGAACAUGAUAUGGAAAAUUUGUGACUUUAAUUCAUGCGCA